AUGGUUCUAAAGUGGACACAUAUAUUUUUUAAAUGUCUAUUAGUAUUCUGGCUGCUGCAGUACACCAAUAUAGCUCACUCAUCGCGCCAAGUCUGCGCAGAACAACGAAGGCGACCAGGGGGAAGGAAUUCGCAUCUUUCGGCAUCAUUCCUUGUACGAAAGGGUCCGCAAUCCGAGUACUGUAAUCAGAGAGUGACUAGGCAUAGCUUGCAAAGUUCAAGCAGAGAGCCAUUUAUCAAAGACGUCGCAGCUUACGACCAGUUUCCGAAGUUUGCGCAAGGAAGAUACUCACUUAAGAACGUACAUAUUGAUGACAAAAUAAUCGAUAACAGCAGUUUCGACCUACGUGAUAUUGUAUCCGCCAUCAAUGCUAUAGGAAUUCUGCGUGAUUUUGUUCUCCUGCCUAACGGCGAGCUUCGUCUCUCACUACACCCAGACUCCAAUGUAGACGACGUAGCAGCUAUACCGCUCUCCUCUGAUUCUUGUAUAUCCAACUAUACGUUGGCUGUGGUACAACAGGCUUUUAACAAGGAUGAAGAUACUGAAGAAUGGAUUAAACGCCUUGACGAGAGUGAGUUCAAGCCGAUCGAUGUGGAAGAUCUUAUCCAAGAAGCGCAGCAGAUAGAUCCAGUGAAAGAAAGGGAAUCGAUGGUACAAGAAUUCAAUACAAUUAUGCGAGAACAUGAAAUCAAGAAGAGUAAGCUGGAACCCAUUGGGUGGAAAUACGUACCCACGCAAAAAUUGAUAGGAGUAUAUGCUAGACUUCUACCUACGGACAAAUGCAUCAGUUGGAUGUUUCGAAGUUUACCAGGUGACAAACCACUCGUAAUUUACGGAGCAUCAUUAAAGCUACGUAUGUUAAAGCAUGAUCAAGAAACACCUGGGCAAGAUUCUCAACCAGAAAGGCUUGCUUGGCCAUUAGCACAGUCUGAUAUCCAUAUGUUUGAUAAUAUUGAAUUUAAAUUGAGGUCAUUCAGACAUUUACAAGCUACAAUGCAAAAAUGGAGUAAACGGCAUCUGGAUUCGCGGGCAAAAGAUAAACCAUCACAAAACACAGAGGCUAACACAGCUACAGAGAUAGAAUUACUCAAGCCGCAGUUCAUUGAGGUAUCUGGGAUGGAGAAGUUGAAAUUCAACAUGUUGAUGAAAAUCAUGCGUACGCUAGAUGAAACGUUGGUAGACGUAAUAAGGGACUGCGAGCCUGUACUCCGUGGAAAAUGUACUGCAAAAGUAGAUUCCCACCCACGUCCGUUGUGGGUACAAAUCCUUAACGUCUUGAUCAACGGGAAAUAUUUCAAAUUUAUUCCAAUGCUUGUAUUCUACAUCGACCAUGAAGACAAAUAUUGUUUGUGCACACGCAAUAUCAUCCUACAGCCGGAAACAAAACCAUACUUGUGGAACCCUUGGAAAACAUCAUAUGCCAUGAUGAAUUUGGAUAAUGUGCCAAAAGCAUACAGAGAGGUACUAUUCGCCGAUACUCACCAGUUCAAAAUCACUGAAAAACAUAUACAGCACAUUCUCACUAUGUACAAGCCAUUAGAACAUCUGGACAUUAGUGGUUAUUUAAGCGGAAAUGCUAACCCGCUAAAGCGAGCGGUAAAAAAAAUCAUACACAUCGAACCACACAAGCAACUCAUGGUUAACAUUGUACAUUGA